AUGUCCUCAGCAACUACUUCUAGCUCCGUCACAUAUUACGGCGUCGGUUUCCUAGGCAUCUUCUCUAUUGCAUCUUAUUUCAGCAUAGCCAAACUAUGGGAACGGUUCGCAAAUGGGAGAGAAAACAGCGUGGACCGCAUGCAGAGGCAUAUUGACACGCUCAACCAGGCACUGGAGCGGAGGGAGGCAGAAAUGAAUCAGCUGAGGGGAGAUCUCGCAGCGGCAGCAGAGGCCAUGAGACAGAGGGAGAAGACUUGGGAGAAAGAUAGGAAAGAAAUCGAGGAGGAGUGUAAGGAUUUAGAGAGGCGGCGGCAAGAGGCGUCCGAACAAAACACGGUGCUAGCAGAAUCACUCCAAGCCUACACACAGGAGGUACAGCUGGCAAAGGAGGAAGUAGCGAGGCUGAGGUCGUUGAAGGAAGAGUUGGAGACCAGCACGUCAGCAAUGAGGGAGCAGACGUUCCCGGCAGGAACAAACCGCAUCAGUGACACGGACGUCACCUUCAUGGUAGCCGGUUUAAAUGGAGAUAUCCUAAGGACUGCUCAGCUUUUGACGGAAUUUUUUGAGUCUGAAUCGCGAGACCGAAUGCAGGGGUUGGGCGAGGAUGCCUUGCUGGAAGGAGCGAUAGACUUUACAAAGGAGAUUCUUGGGGAUAGAAUGACGGAUAUGUUGAGCGGGUUCAACCAUCGAGAAGUUGUUCUACUACAGAUUGCGUUCCAAGCCUCGAUAUGCGCUUAUAGUGAGUGGAUCACGACCUCUUGGGUCUAUCGUGAUAGGGAUGACGAGCAAAUGAUCCAAGAGAUUUAUGACCGACUGAGGGAAAGAGAGGAACAGCCAAUUUCUUCGCGUUGGCGUGUCCUUACGCGGAAAUAUGUCCGACAGGUUUUCAGACACACCCCACAAGUCGACCUAUCUGAUUAUUUCUUCGACGCCUUUGCAAAUAUAUUGGUCACUGCUGGACUGCAAAACAGUGGGACGUUGGGGGAGUUGACGGAUCAGCUCAAGACCCAUUUUGCCAGCCACAUCGCCGACAUCAUAAACCGUGCUAUCAAGCUGAAUAACGUGAUUGGCGACGACAUAACUUCUUGCGAGUUGGUCCCUAUCAACUGCGAGACUGGCAUCCUUUUCGACGAAGACUCGAUGGAGAAUACGUUUGACCCUCCCUCCUGGAGCAACUCUUUCACCGAAGAGAAUAUACUUUGCACGACGGAGCUUGGAUUGUUACGGUCAGAAAAAGUUCAUGGAAAAGAAGGGGAGUGGACGCACCUAAUAUUGCUCAAACCAAAAGUAGUGUUGCAAUCCGCCUUCCGAACUGUCUCACCAGUAUCCGACCAUUAA